CAUCAUGGAUGGUCAAUUCACUUCUUGGCUGAUGAUAUCUUCUGUGACAGGACGCCGAAAUGAAACCGGCGCAGUUAAGCAAGAUGCGACACGCCUAUGCACUUAUAAAGACGCGUUAUCGUCGCCCCUGCCUCCGACUGAGUCAGACUAUCUCCCACCAUGUCGCAAAUCGGCGUCCCAAAGUACGCGUCCGUGCACGCUCUACGACUGGCAGAACGAGGGGUCACGUAUGUGCGCGUGCAAUGGGUCGACCUGGUGAACACCGUACGCUUCCGUAUCCUCCCCGUCUCGUACUUCACCAGACUUUGCGAGACGGCGCGCCCUGGCGUGGGCUUGUCUCAUGUAACGCUGGGACUGGUGGGACUCAACGCGGCCGAGGGAUUCAACGGGACGGGCGAGCAUCUCUAUGUCAUCGACCUGAACAGUUUCCGUCUGUGCCCGUACGCCCCCGGGCAGGCGGUGGUGAUGGGCUGGUUUCAGGAGAAGGCCCCGCUUCCGAACGGCAGUUUGGCCAACCCGCUGUGUCCGCGGACUCUGCUGAAGCGCAUCGUCGACGAGGCUCAGGCCAAGGCCGGGCUCUCCUUCCUCGCCGGGUUUGAGUCCGAGUUCAUACUCCUGAGCGCGAUAUCUCCCAAGCCCGUGACGGUGGUCGAUGGCGAUUGGUCGUGUACAGUGGGGAACACUGUAUUGAUGGAGAUCGCAGACGACCUGCAGGAGGCGGGGCUUGAGUUGCAGAUGAUACACGCGGAGUCGGCUCCUGGACAGUUCGAAGUCGUCACUGGCCCUCUGUCCCCGCUCGAGGCAGCCGACGCGGUUGUGCACACCAGAGAGACCAUCUACAACGUCGCCAGCAAGCAUGGCCUCCGUGCUACGUUUGCCCCGCGGCUGCACGCCGACAACUGCGGCAACGGUGCGCACCUGCACUUCUCUGUUCAUUCAAGCAAGCCUCCAGCGACCGGCGCGCGACCCGACGCCGCGCUCGCACCAACGCUCACAGCGACGGAGCGGUCCUUCCUCCAGGGCAUCCUCGAGCAACUGCCUUCCCUCUGCGCGUUCACGCUGCCCACCUCCGCGUCCUACGCGCGCAUGGUCGACGGUAUCUGGGCCGGCGGAACGUACUCCUGCUGGGGCAUGGACAACAAGGACGCGCCGAUCCGGCUGUGCGGCACGCAGGGCGCGCACCACUUUGAGAUGAAGACGGCGGACGGGACGUCGAACCCGUAUCUCGUGCUGGCGAGCACGCUCGCUGCGGGACUGCGCGGCGUGCUGAGCGGGGCGGUGCUGACGUCGGGCGACUGUGCGAAGCCGGUGGCGUUCAUGAGCGACGCGGAGCGGAAGGCGGUUGGCCUCGAGAACCCGCUGAGGCUCCCGCGGACGGUGGGCGACGCGAGGCAGCUGUUGCAAGGAGAUCAGUACCUCAGGGAGAAGCUGGGCGAGGAGUUCGUGACGAAGUAUGCAGCUGUGAACAAGUUGUUGGAGCAGUACAUGAGACUUCCGAGUGAAGAAGAGACGAUCACGCGUCUGGUCGAGUACUACUGAUGAUCCGGCGGCAGUAAGGCCGUGAGCCUGUACUUUAUGCACGCUGAUCACCCGAACGAGCAAAACCGAGUCUAUGGAGUAUCACACAUAGGAAUUCCUCUAACACGAGCUGUGAUACUUGCGUCGACUAUGUACAGAUUGUGGAGCACAGCCGCUUACGGCGAUUAUAUCUGUCCAGGUGUCAGAAUCACAACAAACGGCAGGUAUCCAUCGAGUCCGCCGAUGGCAGACGUUGAUCCAGCUGUGUCAAAGGGUGGCCGCUGUACGUGACCCGUCGGCACAUAUGACUAGCAGGGAUCGGAAGUGAAGGGCUUGACUAGACCGCGGUCAGACCACGGCUGGAGAAACCCUCGA